AUGAAGUCAGCGAGAAAAACGAAGAAAGGCGGCAAGGAUGAUAAGGAGAAGAAGAAAAAGAAGGCGAAGAAUGAGGCGUAUGGCUACAUUCCGCAGCAACUCUGCGAAUACGUUACUGAAAAGUUCAAGGAGGAGGAGCCAGACACGAGUUUGAUCGACGAAGUGCAGAAAAUGAAGUACUUGAAGCAGAUACGCGAACUCGAGCAGAGAGCCGAGAGAUACACUAGACAGAUGGAUGAGUUGACCUUGAACCUCACUCUCUAUCCUGCAAAAUUUGAAAAAAUAGAAACCGACACGAAUGAUAUCGCGAGUUACUUGAAUGGACUGCUGGAGCAACAAGAGAGAGAAUACGAAAAAGUCAAAAUCGUCAUGGAGAACAUGGAGAAGGAGCUGCAGGAUCGGAGAACUGAUUUAGAAAAAAAAUUAGAAGAGGUUAAAACAAAUUUAGGGAGUGUUAAAAACGAGUUGGAACCUUUGAACGAUAAACUGAAGACCACCCUACUGGGUAUGAAGGACCUGGAUGUGAGUAUGAACAACACCGAGGCAGCCAGGGCAACAUACCAGAGAGAAUUCGAACAGAAGGCCUACCACCACCACAUUGACAUGUAUGAGAGAGAGAAGGAGACGGUGAGGGAGCUCUUUGAGAUCCGAGAACAGAUCCCUAAAUGGGUGAAAAAAGUAUCCGAUGAAAAUAAAAUGCUGGAAAACAGUCGAAUCUAUCACAUAAUAAAUAAUUACAGAGUGGAGUUGGGUGAUUUGCUGAAGAAAUACAUCGGAAAACCAAACCAGCUGGCCAGGAAAGCUAUAGAAGAGAACGAAAAGUUAAAGAAAUUAGUUGACGAAAACAACCUAAACCUGAAAUUGAUCGAAGAAAAUAUGGAAGCGAUGAAGUUGAGCGGUGAAAGCAGCAUACACGAGAUGCACGACCUGGCCUCCAACGUUAAAGAAAACAGAAUCCUGCUCUCUUCUUUUGAGAACAAUCCCCAAAAAUACGCGGUCUCUCUCAAUGAACUUCGAGAAAAUGUUCGAAGGAAUGGAAUACUCCUGGAAGAAUCGAGAAACUACUGCGAGAUGUCUAGGCUAGAGAUGGAUGAGAUAACAUCGGAGUUAAAGAAGUUGGAUGAUUCCAGCUUGCAACUGCAGGCCAUCAUCCGGUCCUUCCAAGAUGUCAUGCACAAGCUCUUCAAAGACAAACCGGAGUACGAAGAACUGCUGACGAACUUGAGGGUGGCGAGCUGUUUAGAGAUCUCUCCGAAUGGCAUCGACCCCUACUCACAAUAUGUCUGCUGCCGUCUGGUGGACCCCUACACCAUUUUUCAGACGAUACCCGUCGCCAGGCCCAAGACCCCUUAA